GUUCAUAUUCUGACUAUCGGCAUAUAUAUUUCGCGUUCGAGUCAUGGGCUGAAUGACUGUCACUUGGCAGCCGAUAUCCGAAUUAUACGUGUAUUCGUUCGCUGUUCCUGACUUACGUGGCUGGACUAUCCCGCUUGCGGCCUCAAACAAUAGUCUACGAGCCUAGCUGACGUACGAUUUGCAUAGCAUUGUGUUUCUUUUAUUUCCCAAUUCCUUUACAUGUCACGGGUUUUGCUGAAUACAUCAUCAUUCACUCGAGGGAUCGACUCAUACCAAUAAACUCAAACGGCUCUGACGGCACAUCCGAACCCCUUGAAACAUUUCUUAGACCUUUUUGUUUAUUCUCCGCCUACAUACAUACUUACGUAUACCCAUACAUACACACUGACUAAUAUCAUAUCAAUCUAAUUUAUGCCCGGUUGAUCCUGAUUCAAAACUCCGUUUUACCGAAUAAAUCUCAAAUUCAUAUUCAUAUUCACUUUCUAAUCAAGCCAGUCUCCUCCGUUACUUGAUGCCGUUUCCCGUGCCGUGCCGUCCGAUCCAUAUCCCGGUCCGAGCGUCUUCGCCUACCUCUGUCACGGCCCGCAUGCAAUAUCAUCAUGCCCAUGACUUACACGCGUCUUCCCACUGUGGAUAGUGGAGGAGGAGAUUCUCAGCGCUCAGAGACGGGCUGAUCACCCGACGACAUCUCCUCGUCGCUGUCGUCCAUAUCCAUGGAGCUCGAGUUCUGUGCACCGGAUGCCGCACUGGACGACGACGCAGCCGUUCUAUUCGCCACAAGCCUUCUCAUAUACUCCUCGUGCUCUGCUAUAUACUCCGCACGUGUUAGAGGUGGCCAGUUAGGAUCAUUAGCGUGAGAAGCCAAAUACGCAUCCGCAUUGUCAACAUAUUCGUCCCAGGUAGGCAUAUCAAAGUAAUAGUGUUCAUCCACGGGCCUGAGUUGCUCAAGAAUUGCAGCCGCCGAUCCCUCUGGAUGGACUCGAGCUGGUCUGGCGGCUCUAGCUGCCGCAGGAGAAGGAUUACCCUCCCGUUGUAGUUGUAGGAACUCAGCCCACUGUCUAAGUUCGUCAGCAUCUGGUGGCUGUCUAUCAUCAUCUUGAGCUGUCUGUGUUACUGCGCUGGGACGUGCAAAGACAGGCAAGGGUACCUGUCUUGAAGCCCUCAUCGGUUCGUCUGUUUCUCGAGGCACUACCUCUGCUUCUCCUCGAGCUCUUCCUGCUUCUGGUCCUUCUGGUCGUUCUGGCCCCCAGAUUGCUCGGACAAUGGAGCUUAUAUUGUCGGAUCGUGGUGCUUCUGCAUUCGGACGUGCGAUGCCAUCCUGGACGUCAAACUGAUUGGCAAGGCCAUGAUCCCAGGGAUGAGGCCCGCCAUAUAUAACAUCCCCGGGGCGAGCGUUUAGCGGGAUAUGAACAUUUCCAUGUCUCUCAUGCAGUCCGACUACAAAUGGAUCCCCAAUUCGAUGAGGGAUACCAGCGGGAGUGUUUGCACCAGGCUCCUCAUCAUCUUCCGAGUCAAAGCCGAUAAUCCCGUUACGACGGUUCUCUUGACGUGUUUUGUUCUCGGCGUACCAUGGAUUCGCCUCUCGCAGCGUGUUGCCACGGCCAAGUGUGACCAUGCGACGACUGACCAUCAUGUUUGAAAACUCCUGCAUGAUGGUGUCCAUAAUCGCAUCCUGAACCCUUGACAUUGUAGCAACAUCACCAUCCUUCUCAAUGUCGUUGACAACAUGGUAGAAAAGGCUGAUAAAACCAGGCUCCAUUUCAUCUAGGUUAUGAGGCCACUCACCGUUCUCAACAGCCUUAUGAAACUCAACCUCAGCUUGACAAUCAGGACAGAAGUCUUGAUUACCCUCAGGAAUACCUGGAGGAAGACUGGAUCCUUCGUCGUUCUUGGGGAUGGUAAGAGGAAUGGCGCUUACCUCACAGCGUUUGCAGUAAAGAGUGGUUCGACACGCAGGGCACCGGUCUCCCAAGUCACUUUGCUCCCACUGUUUGCGACAAGGCUGGCAGAGAACAUGACCGCAGAGCAAGACCUCAGCAUCCAACUCACCUUCGGCAGGGAAAGAUUUCACUGGGAGGGGCUCCAUGCAGAUGGGGCACUGAGGAGUGAUGGCCUGGUUGUCAGAAUUGGUGUUGCUGCCCUUGUCUAUGGCCUGUUUGAUAGUUGGCCAGAAGGCUUCGGGGAGAGGCUUAGGAGGAAGAGACAUGUUGAAGAGGGGCACUUACCAGUGAGAUGACUGACUAGUGAAGUGGGACGAGAUGUGAAUGCUUGUCAGAUGUAGUUAUUGCGUAGACUUACCUUUUGUGUAUUGAUCUGCUUUUUGGUGUAAGACUUACCUGGAUGUGAAGGGUGAGAGGGAGAGGAUGCUGGUGAUGCUGAGAUGAAUUUGCUACAGAGUAAGCAUCGUUUCAUUAUAUACUCAGAUUUGAUACAGUCACUGAAGCCAAGCACAUUCAUUUGUUCACCGUCCAUGUUGUAAGUUUAGGUUGAACCGUGAAUGUCAUGGCAUUGUUUUGCUUUCACUCAUGGUCGGCCUGAACAGUGAGGCCUUGACCGUUCACAACCUCUGCCGUCAGAACAACACUACCCAGGCAGCAUGGCAGUGAAAAGGAAAUAAACGACUUCGUGCACAAUAAGCGCGCCAACGAGUAUCAACUGAAUCUAUCCUUCAUCAGAAAUCUUUCUAUGCAGAUGCCCUACUUUUCAGCCUCCUUCACCUCCUCCUCCCCCUUCUUCCUCUCAAUCGCAAUAAUCUCCUCCACGGUCUUAGUGCUCACCCCAUCGCCAAAGUACCUUUCAGACAGCUCCACACAGCGGAGGUUGGCGGACAAUUUAUUCAUCGUCUCCAUCCACUCGUCUGUAGGGUCACUGUCGUAGACGAUGCCACCGCCGGCCUGCAUGUAUGCCACGCCAUCCUUGACCAGCAUGGUCCGGAUGGCAAUGCACGUGUCCAUGGGCCCUUCGUCGACGAAAACCCUGUCCGCAGGCUCGCUGCCCUCGUCCACGCGCACAAUGUCGUAUCCAAACCAUCCUGCAGCUCCCGCGUAGAUACCCCGCUUCUCCUGCUCCAGGUCGUAGAUGAGCUCCAUGGCUCGGAUCUUGGGUGCACCAGAGACUGUUCCAGCGGGGAAAAUGGAGCGCAGGGCAUCCCAGCGUGUGCACUCUGGGCGCAGAACUCCCGAGACUUCGGAGGUGAUGUGCUGAACGUGGGAGAAGCGGUCAAUUCUCAUGAGCCGGUCGACCUUGACGGUCGUGGGGUGGCAGACUCUGUUCACGUCGUUGCGGGCGAGAUCCACCAACAUGACGUGCUCGGCUCUGUCCUUCUUGGAAGCCAAGAGCUCGGCAGCGAGUCUAUCAUCCUCAGCGGCAUUCUUUCCACGGUGGAUUGUACCGGCAAUUGCGUGGUUGACAAUACGAGGUCUUGAUCGAGCUUCGGCAGCGGAGUAGCCGAAUCGUGAGUCACAGGGUAAUGGGGCAUAUCCAUCUGUCUUCAUCAGACACUCGGGCGAAGCACCAACGAUGUGAAAGUCGGCGCAUGAGAGAAAGAACACAUAAGGUGAGGGGUUGAGUGUUCGGAGAGUUCUGUAAAUGUUAAAGGGGUGGAGCUUAGUGCUUCGACGGAACCGUUGUGAAGGCACGGCUUGAAUGAUGUCUCCCUUGACGAUGUAUUUCUUGAGCUCCUUCACGAAUGUCUCGUAACCUUUGCGACCCACAUUUGACGAAUAUUGCUGCUCUGAUUCUGAUUGCUCACUGAGAGUUUGGGCAGGCAAGGGAGUCUCGGGCUGGUAAAUGAUGUCAAGGGUCUUGCGGAGGGUCUCGCAGGCCUCGUUGUAGGCGGGUUUGAGAUCGUCAGAUGGGCUCUUGGGCAACUUCAUAUGUGUGACAAUUGUCAAUGUCGAGCGGAAGUGAUCCAAGGCGACAAUGGUGUCGAAUAACAUGAACAAAGCCUCGGGGAUCUGGAGGUUGUCUUUGAGUGGUCGCUCGGUCUUGGGCUCGAAGUACUUGAUACAGUCAUAUGAGACGUAUCCAACAGCACCACCAGACAGCUUUGGAAGCGCCAACGAAGGAAUAUCGAGAACUCGAUCAUUGGAAAGUUCGGCCGCUAGGGUCUUGAGAGGGUCGCCAUUGUGUUCGUAGCCGUCGCCAGUGGCCAGUACUUUUCGCGGGUCUAGAAAGAGAGACUCAGAGGAUAUCCAGCACAAGAGUCUGAAAGAAGCUUACUGGCGCCAAUAAAACUAUAUCGUCCAACUGUCUCUGUGCUUCCAGUCGCACUCUCGAGAAGAAAUGAGUAUUCGGCAGUUGCGCUGCAAGUGGUGAGUCAGAGGAUGGUUCGGCGGUGGAAGCAUUGUAAUCUUUACCCCGAUGACAGCUUAAGAUAGAUAGCUGAAGGAGUCAAUAAAUCGGCGGGAGCAGAGGCGCAAACGGGUAGAAGCGUGGGCUGAGUUGUAGGAGUCCAUUCUUGGUCGAAGGCAGCUCGAGCUUCAUCGGCAGUUGGCCGUAUAUCAAGCUGGUGUAGAAGAUUAGUAUGGGCCAUUGCGGAAGUCUCGGUGAAGGCGAUUGAGAUGGAGAGGUGUUCUUACAUGUGCUGCACACAUCCUUAUAGUGAUUGUCCCCGAGUAUCACGACAGAUUGGUGGCUUGAGGACAAAGAAGGAGAACAAUGGAAGGAAUAGUAGUUGGUGGAAAGGUGUUUGCUUCGGAGUCACUUUUUAUCGAUUGCCAAAUGAAGACACCUCAGAUGUUAGUGGGGGCGGGGCACCGAUAGCGGCAGGUCGGCAGUUCCUGAAUGGUCGGUGUAGGGUAGUCAUGAUGAUCAUGCAGUGAUGCCUUGCGCACGAGGCAUCACAUUCAACCAAGCUCUCUUCCGCAUUCGGAUUAGCGUGACUUUGCUCAAGCCGAAGCUGCCCACCAAGACUGGAUCUCACGUUUAUGCGAAUCCACACGCGCUCAGGAACCAUCAUUGGGACCAUCUUUAAGUCACUAAUUUCUGCACCAAUUCCGCUCGUUUCAAGCAAUUGAACUAAUCACUCCUUUCCAACUCGGCUCCUAAUUCAUUCGCAAUCAUGUCUACCGACCAGCCCGAGGACUCAGUCGAGCCCACCGGCGAUGUUGAGAUGUCUGAGACCCAGAACACGCAGGAUACUGCGCCAGAGGCUACCCAAGAGGGUAAGGAGAAUGAGUAUGCUGAUAACACCGAGCUUCCUUUCGCCGACUCUGAGAUCGCAGAGCCCAGAGUAACCUUUGCCAAUUACCUCAUGAGCCCAAUUAUCUCCCUGCUCAUCGGAUCCGGCGACCAAUCUAUCCUCUCAGCGCAUCAGGGACUUUUGACACAAAGCCCCUACUUCAAGGACAUUUGUGAUAGUUUCGUCGAGGACGGCAGCCCUCGUCAGAUUGAGCUCCCCGACUGCGACAUCGAGACCGUCGGCAGCUUCCUCGAAUACCUCUAUACAGGCGAAUACUUCCCCAAGAAGCUCCCCGGCCAGCGCGUCCUCGAGUCCGACCCCUCAGUCCCCUCGGUCGACAACAACGGCGACCAGCUCCUCAAGCACGCCCGCAUCUACACACUCGCCGAGAAGUUUGGCGUCUCUGGUCUCAAGGGCCUCUCGAGCUCCAAGAUCCACUGCGUCAACUCCACUGCCAAGGGCGAGAUCGCAUACGCUCGCUACGUCUACGCCUACACCAGCAACGACGACACCACCAUCCGCGCGCCCGUCGCAAGCUUCUGGGCCACGCGCUCGCACACCCUGCGCGCCGAGGCGGAGGAGGAGUUCAAGGCUCUGUGCUUGGAGCACCCCCAGUUCGGAUACGAUGUUCUUACCCGCGUCUUGGACGACAAGCUCAAGAGGGAGCGAAACGACAAGAUGCAUCCUGCUACAAGCAGUGGACGAAAACGUGCUCGUCACAGCAGCGGAUCGCGUGCCGAUUAGAGUACGCGUUGGAAGAAUUGGGCUGGCGAGAUAUGAAUCAUUGGUACCCGCCGAACAUUGUUUCUUUUGUUUCCUGGGUUAUAUAGGGGCGCACAUUUGUACUGUAACACUACAUGGGAUCUAUACGAGUGCCGUCUGUGGUCACUUGCGGGAGUUAGUAAUAGGGUCAGAAAUAGACUCUUUUGAGCUAUUGAA